AGCAAUGGUUGAGAGCGUAUGAACAAUUAUUAAAUUUCUAACAUAAAGCAAUACAAGGCGCUCAAACAUAAUGCAGGGCUUAGUUCCAAAAUGGUCAAACAUUCGCGUGCUUCCCUUCCGCAUGACUACCUCGCAAAAGGUUGUUUUCUUCUCGCUAACCGCGGGCGUAGCGCUACUGGGGGUGCUCGCUCGGUUUCUGCGUCGUAGAAAACCACCGCGUCCGCCACGCCGUACGCGCAAAUAUACGGGACGUCGCACGCGAAACAGUAUGCGCAGCCCUAAUGAUAUGAUAUCUAUAGCCGGUUCUAAGGCAUCCGCACGUUCAGGCAGUCCACCUGGCUCUACGGUCGCUUAUUCGGAUCGCAUGUCACUUGCCUCAGGAUCCAUCGGUGCUGGCGCACUUGUGUCGACUGCGCAGAGUCAGACAGGUGCAAUAGUUGUACACUUAACCGCACAGCAGCUCGGUGUAAUGGGCAUGGAGGCUUUGGAUACCGUUAUAAAUUAUUGGGAAGAUGCUUUAGCUGCGCACAAUUCUCCAGGUGGUGUGCCAGCAUUACUCACCACUGCUGAAGAGUCUGAAUUUUGUCGUGAAAUACAAAAUUUACUUGACAUGGCCUACACGCUGCAGGAACAAAGUGAACUGCUAUUUUUGGAUCAACGUUCGGUGCUGUUUCGGGACGAACCAUCUAUCGACGAAUUAGAAGAAGAUGGUCAUGCGCUAGAUGAUGGCACAGAGGAUGACAGACGUUCACAUAGAUCGGUUAUGAGUCGUACCGGUUCCGAUCCAAAUUUCGAUUCGGCUGAAAGUUUUGCUUCGGCGCUAGAUCAAGUCGCCGAUAUGCGUGAUUUCGAAGAAUUCGUAGACACAUCGUACGACCAAUACCCAUUAUACAAUGCGGCGUUGAAGCAUCACGAUGAAACGCCUAUACCAUACCGCACUAUACGCACCGAUCUGGUGAACUGUGCCAGUGACACCGAAUAUUUGGUGAAAUUACACUGCGUGCGCUUAGCAUUUCAAUAUUUGUUCAAGGAUCCAACCAUCGGACAAUGGGUCUGCGAUACCGGACGUCAAAUACUUACCGACCUACUAUGUCUGGGAGAUAAGGACACUAAAGAAUUCCUUGUUGGUUACGAGGAUAUGAUCAAUUAUUUGCAAAACCCCAAUAAUUGGGAUGAGAUACAAAAGGAGCUGGAGGCGCGCAAUGUCAAAGCGAUGACCUUCUAUGACAUUUGCUUGGACUUCAUUGUGUUGGACUCGUUUAGAGAUUUAGAUGCGCCACCUGCCAGUGUGACGGCGGUUGUACAAAAUCGUUUUCUUUCCAAUGGCUUCAAAGAGAUGGCACUCAGCACCGCAGUUUGGUCUGUACUAAAAGCUAAAAAGCAUGGCCUGAAAUACACUAACGGUUUUAUGGCACACUUCUACGUAAUCUCCGAGCAACUAUCACCACUCAUGGCCUGGGGCUUCUUCGGACCCGAUGAAAAUUUGCGCGACAUUUGCCAUUACUUCCGCGAUCAAAUGCUGGGUUUUCUAGCGGAUAUAUUUAGCUUUCAAGCGAGCCGUUAUACAACUGUCGAAGAGUUUGCCGAAGACAUACUGCAACACAUGAAGACGCGUGUGAAUAAUAUUGGCGUGAAGUUUAGUCAAUAGUGGAAAUUUGACGAUUACAAAAUAAAUUUAGGAAAACUCAAUGAAAUAGUUUUGAAUUGCGCUAAGGAAUUCCAAGUGUUUUCAAAACUAUUUUACUUAUAAGUUUAAGUAUAUUUUUUAGUUAAGCAAUUAAUUUUAGUUUUGAACAAUUUCAAAUAGCUGGAGACGUUGUGGUGUAAGCGUAUUAAAACUGAUUUUCUUUUUUCUUUAUAUAAUUAUGUACAUAUGUAGUUAUGUAUACAUUCACAUUGUUUUUG